ACGGCAGCAUCUCCGACCUAUUUCCAACCCACCAACAGAUCCAGCAACUCAACUCAAGAUGUUGCGGCAAAUCAAACCCCGCAAUGCUCGCUCCAAACGAGCCCUCGACAAAAAAGCCCCAAAAGCAAUCGAGAACCCCAAAACCGCCCUCUUCCUCCGCGGCACAACCUGCUCGCAAGUAACCCAAGAUGCCCUCACAGAUCUAUACCAACUACGCAUCCCACUCGCCAAGAAGUUUACCAAGAAAAAUGCAAUCCACCCAUUCGACGAUGCCGCCUCGCUAGAAUUCUUCUCCGAGAAGAACGAUGCCUCAUUAUUAGUCUUCGGAUCGAGCAGCAAGAAGCGUCCACAUGCGAUUACAUUCGUGAGGACAUUUGGAUACAAGGUCUUGGAUAUGCUGGAGUUGUAUUUAGAGGCUGAGUCGUUCCGAACACUGGCGCAAUUCAAGAAUAAAAAGUGUGCGGUGGGAUUGAAGCCUAUGUUGUUGUUCUCUGGAACGCCAUUUGAAAGUCCCGUUACGAAUGAAUAUACCUUGGUCAAGUCUUUCUUUACGGAUUUCUUCAAGGGUGAGCCCGCGGAUAAGGUGGAUGUUGAGGGCUUGCAGUACAUGGUGAGCAUUAGUGCGAGGGAUACGGUGGACGGGGAAGAGGUUAAGCCAAAGGUUCAUUUGAGGGUCUACUUGGUCAGGACGAAGAGAAGUGGACAGAAGCUGCCCAGAGUUGAGGUUGAGGAGAUGGGACCUAGAAUGGAUUUCAGAGUAGGCAGAGUACAGGAGGCUGAUGAGAGCGUGCUCAAGGAGGCGAUGAAGAAAGCUAGAACUAGCCAAGAGAGACCGAAGAAGAAUAUAUCUACGGAUAUUGUGGGUGAUAAGAUGGGUAGGAUACAUCUGGGCAAGCAGGACUUGAAGGAGUUGCAGACAAGAAAGAUGAAGGGUUUAAAGAGAAGCCGAGAUGUUGCCGAUUCUGAGGAUGAGGAAAUGGAGGAUCAGAUUAGUGAGGACGAGCCCCAGCCUGAGCCUGUGAAGAAGUCAAAGAGAGGCUGA